AUGAGUACAAAAGGACAUUCAGUAAGACAAUUACAAAAUAUAUUUAAUUGUGGAAAAACUCAGGUUUACGAUACUCUUAAAAAUCAAAAUAGAAUUAAAGAAGAAUGGUUAAAACCUGUACGAGCUAAAAAUAUUCCUGUUUCAGGACCAAUAAUACAAGAAAAGGCCCGUGAAAUUGCAGUACGACAUGGUAAUCAUUCAUUUAAAGCUUCCAACGGUUGGUUAUCUAGUUUUAAAAAUAGACAUAAUAUCGCGUGGAAUCGAGUUUGUGGUGAGUCGAAUGAUGUAAAUAUUGAUAGUGUAAAUGAGUGGAAAUCGAAAAUAUCUGAAUACGUAAAAGAUUAUGAUGCAUGUAAUAUUUACAAUUUUGAUGAGACUGGACUUUUUUUUCAUGCGAUUCCAAAUAAAACAUUAAAACUUAAAGGGGAGCAAUGCAAAGGUGGAAAGUUAUCUAAAGAAAGAUUAACGGUGUUACUAUGUGGUAAUAUGGUCUGA